AUGCUCAAACCACCUUCAUAUUCCAAGGUACAAAAGCCAUUAUUACAUCCACCAAGUUAUAUACAACACAAAGAUAUACGAUUCUUAAUUACAGAUACACCUUCUAGUAAUACUAUAUCUCGAUACAUCAAUGAGUUUAAGAGAUGGAAUGUAACUGAUGUGGUUCGUUGCUGUAAGGCAACUUAUUCACCCACGAUACUGAACGAACAUGGAAUUAAGGUGCAUGAUUGGAUGUUUACGGAUGGAGACGCACCACCUAAUAGUGUUAUAGAUGCAUGGCUCAAUUUAGUUGAUCUUUUGUUUAAAGAUACAACAAUAAAGGAAAUAAAGAAGAAGGAACCAUGUAUAGCGGUACAUUGUGUAGCUGGGUUGGGAAGGGCUCCAUUAUUAGUAGCUAUUGCAUUAAUAGAAGAAGGAAUGGACCCUUUGGAUUCAAUUGAAUAUGUUAGAAGGCAUAGAAGAGGUUCAAUUAAUCAAAGACAGUUAAAGUAUCUAGAAACAUAUAAAAGAAGAAGAAAAAGGAAACAAUAUCGAAUAAAGAAUGAAUUAAAAUGUUGUAUAUUAUGA